AUGAGGGAAGGCGGAAACACUGGGAGAGGAGAAGAGACGGACUCGGAGAAUGGAAUUCGCCGGGAAACACAUGAGGGUGGUACAGAGGAAUGGGGGGAGAACACGGCUGGAGACAGAGAGGAGAAGUCGGAAGUGGGCGGCGAGGAGACGGAUCAAGACGACCUUGCUCACAUGCUGCUGUUAUCAGAAACGCGUGCUCGUAGCACGGACCCUUCCCACACGCUUUCCACCUCUCCCGCCACGUCCCCUCCAAUCCCUUCCCACCAUGGCGCAUCGCCCGUCUCCCUUCGCCCGUCGUCACCUCCCCGCACCGCUCCGAACCCCGCGUCGCCCACCCUCCUCUCCGUCCUCUUCUCGCCGCUCCACCCGCUCGUCGCGCUCCACGCGUGGCUGCGCGGGCUGGUAGCGUCGUUCGGGCUGCCGUUCGUGGCGCUAGUGGGAGUGGUGUACGGCGUGAGCGAGGGGUACGCGGGCGCGCUCUAUCACUUCGCAUCGCAGUACUAUUGGAUGGACGUGCAGCGCCUGCAGCCCGCUUCCGCACAGGCCUACAUGGGGUACGCGGGCGCGCUCUACCACUUCGCAUCGCAGUACUAUUGGAUGGACGUGCAGCGCCUGCAGCCCGCUUCCGCGCAGGCCUACAUGCUACCCAACAGCACCCCUACUCACAGAAAUGUAUUCUUCCCCUCUACCCCCUUUCCCUCUCUGCCCCCCUUCCGCCUCUCCCUCCCCCCUCUCUCUCCUCCCCCCUCCCCUCCCCACACCAGCUACCGCCAGCGCCCCUACCUCUUCCUCUCGGCCCUCCUCGGCCUCCUCUGCAGCCUCCUAGUGGCUCUCCUCCCCUCGCUCCCCCCCACCCUCGCGUCCCUCCUCCUAGCAGGCACCACCCUCUCCACUGCCUUUGCAGACGUGCUAGUAGACGGGCUAGUAGCAGCAAAGAUCCGCACCAAGCCGCAACACGCCGGCGACCUACAGGCCCUACCCUGGGGCAUCCUCGCUCUCUCAUCUCUCCUUGCGUUCGCCCUCAGCGGCCCUAUCGUCUCCACAUUCGGGGCCCGUGGGGCGUUUUUUUUCUACGCGCUGGCACCGUUUGCGCUGCUUGUGACGGUGCUGCUGGUGCCUGAAGCACCGGCGGCGGCGCGUAAGGUUGGGGAGUCUGGGUGGGGGAGCUUGAAGCGGUCUGUGCGGUUGUUUGUGCGGACUCUGCGCAACAGGGUCAUGUGGCGGGCCGCCAUAUUCCUCUUCAUGUCGCAUGUGAGUGAGACAUGGGCGCGUGUGGGGGAGGUGUGGCUGCGGGAGGUGGGGCUGAAGGAGGUGUGGCUGAGGGAGGGAGGCAUAUCCCCGGACAUCCCAACAGCGCUGAUCUACUGGUACACCAAGGCGGAGGGGGGUCCGCGGUUCAGCAAGGACUUCAUGGGCGUGGUGUUCGCCAUGGGGCGCGUGGGGCUGCUCAUCGGUGUCUUCAUCUACCACCGCUGCUUCAAAGCCGCCUCCUACCGCACGCUCCUCUUCUUCACUCUGCUGCUCCUCUUUGUCACCGGCUUCCUGGACCUCAUUAUAAUCACGCGCGUCAACAUCACACUGGGCAUCCCCGACCAUUUCUUUGUCCUGGGCGACACAGCCAUCUCAGAUGCAGUACGAAGACUAGAGCUCAUGCCCAUUCUCAUUCUCGCUGCUCGCCUCUGCCCCCCUGGCAUCGAGGCGACUCUCUUCGCCUUCUGCAUGUCUCUCAUGGUGUUUGGGGAGCAUUGUGCGGCAUGGCAGGGAGCACUCAUGCUGCAUCUGCUGGGCGUGAGAAAGGAUAGUUAUGAGCGGCUCUGGCUGGCCGUGGUGCUUCGGAAUCUGUUUCGCCUGCUACCGAUGGCGUUUCUUUGGCUGUUGCCAGAAGGUGGGCCGGAUACGGAUUUGUUGGGUGAUAUGGGGGUUGAUAUGACAGGGUUGGAAGAGGAAAGUGAGCGAGAGCUUAUGGUUGUGCAUAAGAUGGACGAAGAAAACGAGGGCGAGACUGGCGAUGGAGGCAUGCAAAAGGCAGGGUUGGAGGAAGAUGGUGAUGUGGAUGAUCGAGGAAUGGUGAUGAGUCGACUUGCCACGGAGGCCGGAGGGUCAAGAGCUACAGAACUGGAGACACUUCCAAUGGACGACCGUCAAGAAAGGGCUCGCGCCGCGUUCAUUUCAAGCCGCUUUCUUGUGGAGCUGCUCCUCUCUGCGGCUGUGUCGGCCGCGCUCCCCUCCGCGGGAGCGGUUCCACCAGGCAUGCCGCGGAAGCCCGCGCACAUCGUGCGGGUGCUGCUGCGACAGAACCGGUUCGGCGCGCGUUGCCUGGACGGAAGCCCGCCGGGGUUCUACAUUCGGCGCGGCUACAGCACGGGGCGGAAGAGCUUUAUAAUAUACCUGCAGGGCGGCGGGUGGUGCCAUAACGUGGCGCAGUGCGCGGAGCGCACGCAGACCGUGCUCGGAUCGUCCAAGUUCUGGCGCCACCCCACCGACCCGGGAUUCCAAGCCUCGCUGGAGAAAUACGGAAGCACGUUCACGGGGAUUCUGAGCCGCAACGCGACGGAGAACCCGUCGUAUUACAACUGGCACGUCGUCAACGUCUUCUACUGCGACGGAGGGGGCUUCUCGGGCACCGCCGGGGCUGUACGCGUUAACAACACCUUCUCCAUGCACCUUGACGGAGCGAAGAUUCUCCAGGCUGUCCUCGAAGACCUGCAGCUGCGGUGGGGAAUGCGCACGGCGAAGAGGGUGCUGUUCACGGGGUGCUCUGCGGGCGGCCAGGCAGUGUCCAACACAUGCGACAUUGUGGCGGAUCAGCUGCCCUGGGCCAACGUCAAGUGCCUCAUGGAUGGAGGCUUCUUCCUGGAUGGCUCUGAUGUCACAGGGCAAAUGUACUUCCGUACGCUAGCCAAGAGGAUGACGGAACUGCAUCACUCUAUAAUGGAUCCCGACUGUAAAAACGCUAAUCCCCGGGGCCCCUGGCGCUGCUUCUUCCCACAAUUCAAUCUCUUCUACAUCUCCAGACCACUUUUUAUCGUUAACUCGGUGGCCGACUAUGCAGCCAUUGAAAUCGCCAACCUAGACUCAUCAGAGGACAGCUACAACGCGGUGCGGUGGGCGACGGAGCACCUCCUCCGGGCGGGCGACCGCGUCGUCAUCCUACACGCGCAGUCGCAGCCCGACCUCGUGCAGGGCAUGGUCGCCAAGGACGUCUCCCUGGACCCGGAAACGGUGGAGUCCAUUCGCACGCACAUCAGCAACCUCAGCCGCAGAACGCUGCAGAAAUGCCAGGAGAUUUGCGAGGCCCAUAAGUUUUCCGCGGAAACAAGGGCGGAGAUAGGCGAUGCGCGCACGGUGAUAUGCGACCAGGCGGGGGAGCUGAACGCGGACCUGCUAGUGGUGGGCUCGCGGGGCCUGGGCCUUCUCACACGCUAUUGCGUGCACAGUGCACCAGUACCCGUGCUCGUGGUGCGACCCGAGGGGGAGGGCACCAAGUGA